AUGACUUCCAUGGACCUCCGUGUUGGCGGCAAGUACCGCAUCGGCAAGAAGAUUGGUAGCGGUUCCUUCGGUGACAUCUACCUUGGUGUCAACAUCGUUUCCGGUGAGGAGGUUGCCAUCAAGCUCGAGUCUGUCAAGGCCAAGCACCCGCAGCUUGAGUACGAGUCCAAAGUCUACAAGUCUCUCGCCGGAGGUGUCGGUGUUCCCUUUGUCCGUUGGUAUGGAACUGAGUGCGACUACAAUGCCAUGGUCCUCGACCUUCUUGGUCCUUCCCUCGAGGAUCUGUUCAACUUCUGCAACCGCAAAUUCUCGCUCAAGACCGUCCUCCUUCUCGCCGACCAGCUGAUCUCGCGUGUCGAGUACAUUCACUCGCGCAACUUUAUCCACCGUGACAUCAAGCCCGACAACUUCCUGAUGGGCAUCGGCAAGCGCGGAAACCAGGUCAACGUGAUCGACUUUGGUCUCGCCAAGAAGUACCGUGACCCCAAGACGCACCUUCACAUCCCCUACCGUGAGAACAAGAACCUCACCGGAACUGCCCGUUACACCUCGAUCAACACCCACCUCGGUGUCGAGCAGUCCCGUCGUGACGACCUCGAGUCGCUCGGUUACGUCCUCAUGUACUUCCUCCGUGGCCAGCUCCCUUGGCAGGGACUGAAGGCUGCCACCAAGAAGCAGAAGUACGACCGCAUCAUGGAGAAGAAGAUGACUACUCCCACCGACAUCCUCUGCCGUGGAUUCCCCAACGAGUUUGCCAUCUACCUCAACUACUGCCGUUCGCUUCGCUUCGACGACAAGCCCGACUACUCGUACCUCCGCAAGCUCUUCCGUGACCUCUUCGUUCGCGAGGGCUUCCAGUACGACUACGUCUUCGACUGGUCCGUUCAGCCUCCCCAGAAGUCCUCGGACAACUCUGCUGGCAUGAACGACACGGACGCGCUCAUGCAGGCCCAGCAGAAGCGCCGCAUCGCCGCCGAGGCUCAGAUGCCCGUUUCGCAGGACCCCAACCUUGAGAGCCAGCGCCAGCUUCGCUCGCAGACGCGCAACAUUGCCCGUGAGCAGUCUGGCUGGAACUAA